CUCUAUAUCUCUCUCUCCAUACAUAUCUUCUUUUUUGACUUUCUACGCUUAUAAUCUGUCUCUCAAGACUCCGUGAGCUUCCUUUGUUGAACGAAACUAUUUUAAAAAAAAAGAACAAACACUAAACCAAAACGGAGCCUCCAUCCAAAAUUCUUUUCCCAACAUUUUCCACUUUCUUUCUUUCAUAAUUUUUUUUUAUUAAUCAGUUUCGAAACCAUUAAAAACUCUCACAAAUCUCACCGGUUUCCAACCUAACACACACCUCCUCCUGGUCUCUUCCCAUAUAAAAAAUAUCAAACACAGUCUUACAUUCUUUCUUUCAUUAUAUCCAUAUCCACCUCUGUCCCUGCACUCUCUCUCUCUCUCUCUUCCCCUGUCUCUCUCUGAAAUCUGCUCCGUACUGAUAUCAGAUAGCUUUGGUAGAAGCUUUGUUGUUGGAUCAAUCUGACUUCAUUUCAGAUAAGCUCAUUUUUGAAGGUGAUGUUUUUGGGGGUAACAAUUAAUUGCAAGUUUUAUGGAGUUGGAGAAUUAAUUCCUUUCAUAUACCUGGUGUUGAAUUGAAAUUUUGAGAAAUCAAUUUGAAGAUCAUUCUAAUGGAGAAUUAAAAAUGGCUUAGAAUAUAAGAAUCAACGAAGCAGAAUCUGCUCCCAAGUUAAUAGCGAGGUUCUUACUUCGCACAAGGUUCUUGGUUGUACAUUAUUUCGAACUCCGAGCCAUUAAUCUGGCACAGGAACGCCUAAGGUGUAACCAUGUUCUCAAGAUCUUGCAUAAGUUUGUUGGAGUUGGCAUCGGGGGAGAUGUUGAAUUUCCCUCAGACCCCUAGAGCCCUUACGAAGGUGAUGACUAUUCAGGGAGUCAUUCCUGAUGCAAAAAAUAGUGAUGGGAUUAAUAAUGAAGGUGUAAAUGUUCCCCCUUCUGAGAUCUGUGAGAAGAAAAUCAUAGUGGCAAAUUUUCUCCCUCUACAUGCUCAGAAGGAUACAAACUCGGGGAAAUGGUGCUUCAGUUUUGACGAGGAUGCAAUUUUGUUGCCACUGAAAGAUAGUUUCUCAUCUGGUACCGUGGUAAUGUUUGUGGGGUCUCUGAAGGUUGACAUUGAAGCAAGUGAACAAGAGGAAGUAUCCCAGAAACUGCUGGAGGAAUUUAAUUGCGUGCCGACAUUUCUUCCUUCUGAGCUUCAUAAGAAGUAUUAUCAUGGGUUUUGUAAGCAGUAUUUGUGGCCCCUCUUUCACUACAUGCUGCCCAUGUGCCCGGACCAUAGCAAUCGUUUUGACAGGCAACUUUGGCAGGCAUAUGUUUCUGCUAACAAGAUAUAUGCUGAUAAAGUUAUGGAGGUGAUCAAUCCUGAAAAUGAUUAUGUAUGGGUUCAUGACUAUCACCUUAUGAUUCUUCCAACAUUUUUGAGAAGGCGUUUUACACGAGUUAAGCUUGGGUUUUUCCUUCAUAGUCCAUUCCCCUCAUCAGAAAUCUACAGGACCCUGCCAGUCAGAGAUGAAAUUCUGAGAGCACUGCUAAAUGUGGAUUUGAUUGGUUUUCAUACAUUUGAUUAUGCUCGCCACUUUCUAUCUUGCUGCAGUAGAAUGCUUGGCCUGGAAUAUGAAUCUAAGCGGGGAUACAUUGGACUUGAAUAUUUUGGCCGCACAGUGUACAUAAAAAUUCUGCCCGUGGGGAUACACAUGGGUCGACUUGAAUCUGUAUUAAAUGACCCCUCGUCUUCCGUGAAGGCCAAGGAGAUUCAAGAACAGUUCAGAGGGAAAAAGAUUAUUCUUGGUGUUGAUGACAUGGACAUAUUUAAAGGGAUCAGUCUAAAGUUAUCGGCCAUGGAACAGCUUUUGCAGCAGCACCCGGAGUUCAGGGGCAAGGUAGUCCUGGUUCAAAUUGUAAAUCCUGCAAGAAGUACAGGGAAAGAUGUUCAGGAAGCAAAAAAGGAAACAUAUUCAACGACCAGAAGGAUAAAUCAAGUCUUUGGUUUUCCAGGAUAUGAACCAGUUGUUUUGAUUGACCGUAAUGUUCCUUUUCAUGAGAAGACUGCCUAUUAUUCUUUGGCAGAAUGUUGCAUUGUUAAUGCUGUGAGGGAUGGCAUGAACCUAGUCCCCUACAAGUACAUCAUUUGUAGGCAGGGCGCUCCAAAUAUGGAUAAAGCUGUGGGAUUUGCCUCUGAUUCCCCUCGUACAAGUACACUUGUUGUCUCAGAGUUCAUAGGUUGCUCACCAUCUUUGAGUGGAGCAAUCAGGGUGAACCCGUGGAAUAUUGAAGAUGUAGCUGAUGCACUCAAUGUGGCCAUAACAAUGCCUGCUUUAGAAAAGCAAUUGCGCCAUGAGAAACAUUAUCGGUAUGUUAGCUCUCAUGAUGUGGCUUACUGGUCCCGCAGUUUUAUGCAGGAUCUGGAGCGAGCAUGCAAAGAUCACUACAGAAAACGUUGUUGGGGAAUUGGUUUUGGUUUGAAUUUUAGAAUCUUGUCUCUUUCUCCAAGUUUCAGGAAGCUUUCCAUUGACCAUAUCCUCUCUGCAUACAAGAGGACAAAUAGAAGGGCAAUAUUUUUGGAUUACGACGGAACAAUAGUGCCUGAAUCUUCUAUUGUUAAGACCCCAAGUCCUGAAGUCAUUUCUAUUCUGAAGAACCUUUGCAGCGACCCCAAGAACACUGUGUUUAUAGUUAGCGGCAGGGGUCAAAACUCUCUCAGUGAAUGGUUUGCUCAAUGUGAGAAUCUAGGUAUAGCAGCAGAGCAUGGAUACUUCAUAAGAUGGAGUAGCACGUCCAGUUGGGAAACCAGUUCCUCAGCCAUAGAUUUCGAAUGGAAGCAAAUUGCAGAACCUGUGAUGAAGUUGUAUACAGAGGCAACUGAUGGCUCCUACAUAGAGACCAAGGAGAGUGCCUUGGUAUGGCACCAUCUAGAUGCCGAUCCUGAUUUUGGAUCAUGCCAGGCCAUGGAGAUGUUGGAUCAUCUUGAAAAUGUCCUCGCCAAUGAGCCUGUAGUUGUUAAAAAGGGCCAACAUAUUGUCGAAGUAAAACCACAGGGAGUUACUAAAGGAUUAGUUGCACAGAAAGUUCUUUCCAUGAUGAUCAGUAAUGGGAAUGCGCCCGAUUUUGUGUUGUGCAUUGGGGAUGAUAGAUCAGAUGAGGACAUGUUUGAAAGCAUAUCAAGCACUUCAUAUAAUCCAUCUCAACCUGUAGCUCCUGAGAUCUUUGCGUGCACUGUUGGCCAAAAACCCAGUAAAGCUAGGUACUACCUAGAUGAUACGGUGGAUGUCAUCACAUUACUUAAAGGCCUGGCGGCUGAUUCAAGUCUCAAGCCAAGGUGUAAUUGGGAAAUUCAAGCUCCUUUCGAGUAUAUCAUGUGAACCGUGCAUAGGGUAGAGAAGCAUAUCGGUGUCGCUAGCUUGGAUGGACGUUUUUCUUCUGAUGAUACAAGUAUACAAAAAGCAAUCAAGGAUUAACUCUUGGAGUUGUCAUACUAACUUAUUCUUUGCAUGGUGGAAAGCCAGACAUGAUGCUGCUCUGGUUUUUUUCUUCCCGGAGAGGAAGACGAUCACAAGCGAUUACUGUGGAUUUGGUGAUGUCAAUGGUGAAUGUCUAGCAGUUUAUGUGUUAGUGCCAUGGAUCCGAGGGGAUUUACCUUCUUAGUUCACAGGUUAAGAUUUUCUUUUUAUCAUGGGUAGUUUAAGAGAUACAAGGGCAUCAUUGUUUUGUAAAUUUGAACUGGCUUUGUAGUUACAUGAUACUUAAUUCUUUCAUGAAAUCAUAGUUCUUACUGCAAUUUUCUCUGUUCCCAUACUCCUUGCCAUCUCAAUGCCAAUCAAAAUUCCCAAA